GCGGGCCCGGAUAGGCGGGAUUAGCGGCGAUCAACGGCGACUCAACAGUAUUUUGCACACCUGCAACUUUUAUCAUUUUCAUUGAGAACGAGAGUCGAAUGAAGUUUUAAUAAACGCAGACCUGACUUUUCUGAAUAACUAGUGCCGUCCGUAUAUCGGCCAUUGACUGAUUUGCGUCGUGUCGAAAAGACCGGAGCAGUAUUUUGGUAACCUGUACAUCUGCAUCAGCCUCUGUUUUUUUGACGGGAUCUUGGUGAUACGAGAAUGUCCGCGGGCGGCGACGGCAGCUCCGUCGGGCUCGGGGAAGUCUUUAAUAAUACACCUCGACGAGUCCAGAAGCGGCUCUUCACUUCGGGAACUAGUUCGACCAAGCGAACCCUGUUCCGGGACAGCCAAACAGCGAGUCCUAGUGGAGGAAACUCCGGGGAUGAAUCAGACCUUGGCCCGAUGUCUCCCUUGGCACUGAGUGAUGCUACACCAAGUAGCGCGACCAAUUCGCCUGGUAAAUCGCUUACUUCUCCGGUGGUUGGAUCCACCGCAGCGGCCUUGGUAUAUCUUGGUUCCUUGGACUCUAAUCUGUGGGAAAUGGGGACGCUAAACAUGGGCAACGACGAAGCCAAUGUGGUACCGUCGUCUCCUUUCAGUGUCCUUAAAACGUUGACCCGAUCGGCGAGAUAUUCUCAACGUCGCAAAACUUGUCCAGUUUUGCCAGAACCAGUGAUUCCCAUCAGUGACGAGAAUGAAAUAGUUGAAGAAACUCCGCCGACAUCUCCCAAACGCUCUGGUAAGAGUUCAGCUUGGAACGAGUCUAUAACUGAAACUCCCAAGAGAAAGAGUUUCGGCAAGGAAAUUCAGAAUGUACAAAUACUUGAUUCCAGCAUUGUUGCCGAAACACCUUAUAAGGACGAUAGCCCUAUGAGAAGGCUGAUUACACCUCUGGGUUCGGUUAGCAAAGAGGCUGCACUGCCCCGCUUACAUCACAGAAAGUCUCUGAAUAGCCUUGCUGCGACAGCACAAAACUCUUCGCCAAUAGAUGGCAAAGAAAAUAUAUUGAAAAGAACUGCCCGUGAUGUAAUUAUACAAACUUCAGCAAAAUUAUUCAAGACUGACGAAUGUACUUCCGCUCCCAAGGCCAGGGCUGCGCUCUUCCAAGAAAGGCAUCAAGACUUUAAAGUGAGCACAAAGGUGUUCUACAGCUCUUCACCACCCCAAGUUUUACCAAAACAAGACUCCCCGAUAAACAUUGAACAAAGUGAAGUUCGUCAUGGGCAAAAAAGGCGCAGUCUACCUAAUAGAAGCAGUCGAGGGAGAUCAAGCAAAAGACAUAAGUAUGGUGAGAUCAAUGCCGGGAUUGGUCAUAGAAUAAGGAAGCCAAAAGUCAAAAAACAUAUCUCACUCGCUGAUGGGUUUAAGAAAGAAAAUGUUAACGAUGUUUCUCCCAUUGCCACUUCUACUGAGACGUCUUUUGCUGAGUCUAAUGUUAGAAAUAUCACGCAAAGUAUGGAUAACACUUUGUCGAAUAUCCAUGAUGAACAUUCUGUGGAGAAAUGCGCCAUGCCUCAAUCAAGAGAGUUGGCAGCAUCCCCUGAAAUUGAUACUGCAAAGAAGUUCUUCAAGACCAAUAGAACUGUAUCAAGAAAGUCUCUGGCUACUGUCACGGUUAAUGAUUCGAUAAAAUUACAGGUCUCACAUGGUAAAGUAAAGCUAGAAUCACAUCGAUUUAUGAAAAGGCAAAAUCCCCACAAAAAAGCCAGAAUCUCUGAUUUAUCAUUAGAUGCCAAUGAUCUAACAGUCGACGAUCCUAGCUUCGGAGUGCCUAUAGAUAAGACAAGUGUUGAUAACAUUUUGAAGGUAUUGGAAGAUGAUUGGGCGGAUGAUGAAUAUGACACAAUGGAGCCCUUAAUAAGCACACAAAAAUACGCAAUAUCGCCAUUAAAGUCUUCAAUCAUGCUGAAUGGCAUGUCCAUGUCUCCUGCCAGUGAACUCACUAGCAUGACAUCGGUAAUGAACAUAAAGGAUGCAUAUGGCCCUACCGCUAACCUUGAUCAGGUUUCUAGCAAUCUUGAUAACUCUAAUCAAAACAAAGGAACAAAGUUGUAUCCUUUGUUUAACAAGGACUUUGCAAGGACCAAAAGCCUGAUAGACUCACCCAAAAAUGUUACUCGUGGCACCAAGAGACCUGCAGGCUGGCAAUUAUCUGUCAAAAAUGGUGCCCAAGAUGACCGUCAAUAUCAACUCGAUGUUGGCCAGAAGCAGUUUGGUGCAACUCAGUGCCCUGAAUGUAGGGUCGUUUAUCAAAUAGGAGAUCCCAGUGAUGAAACUUCUCAUCAAAAUUAUCACGACAGUAUGAAGAUAUUGAAAUUCCCCGGUUGGAAGCACGAACGAGUAGUGACUACCGACAGUUAUACCUCUAGUAGAAUUAUCUUGGUUGAGGCCUCAGCUCCUAAGUAUUGCUGGAAGAAAGUAUCAGAGAUUUUAGCAGUUAUUGACAGGGAUUUGGGGUUGGCAGAUUCGAAACUUUCUGACUACCAUAAUGACAAGAUAUACCUGUAUAUUAGAGAAAAAGAGAUCCUGGGUGUGUUAGUUGCUGAAUAUGUGACGACGGGUUAUCGCUUAAUUCCCGAUUUACAAAAUAUUGAUUGCUGCAGUUUGCAGAGCUCUUCUAUUAAGUGCGGUAUUAAAGUGGUAUGGACAGCUGCUAGCUAUCGGAAACAGGGAAUCGCAACAAAGUUAGUGGAUGUUCUAAGGGCCAACUUCUAUUUUGGGUAUGUCCUAUCCAUGGAUGACAUCGCUUUCUCAAUACCAACCCCAGGAGGCAAAGCUUUUGCAGAGAAGUACACCAGUACUAAAUGUUUCAAAGUAUAUAAUUAAAUUUUCGCUUGCAUCAACCCAUAUAAUUAUAUUUAAAUUAUUUCAAUGUCACUGUAAUAUUAUUUGAAAUUUUA